AGAACUUGGUUAGAUCAACAUCAAGUCCAACAUCAGUUUUUCCUAUUUUAUAGAUCGCUCAGCAUUAGAAUGAAGUUAUAGGUUUGUGGCUGGGAUGUUAGUUAACUCUACUGUGAUAGUUUUUUAGGUCCUAUCCAGUUUUCAGUGUGAGAAGAAGCAGAAACGCUGAGAUGACAGCUUGUAGCUUCAAAAUCUUAACAGUUUAUCUGAGCUUCAUCUUCAUCUUCCACCGAAGCCAUGGUUUUAAGGUGAUUCAGCCACGCAAUCAGACUGUAAACCCAGAUGGGUCAGUCUUUAUCAGCUGUGAACACGACGCAAAAGAUAGCUCUGUUCAAGAUGUUCGACUCAACAGAAAACCAGUAAAAGACAGACCUAAAAUGCUCUGUCAGAAGGGAAUGGAAAAGUGUGAGGACGUUAUCAUGCAUGAAGAGAACCAAUACAAGUGGCUUUUCAUCAUGCUCAAUGUUGGGCAGGAGGCCAUGAACACUGAAUACGAGUGUGAGUUCACAGUGAAAAAAGGUAAUCUAGAUUACACAGAGAAAGGAACGCCAACAGUACUACUGCCAGGUCAAAAGGAAGCAAUCUGUGUACCUACUCCUACUCCUCCUCCUCCACCUCCACCUCAGUCUGGUCUGCUCUUGAUUAUUCUGAUUGGUCUGCUGGCUCUGAUGUUUCUGUGCACUUGCAUCAUCACAUCCUUCUACAUCAGACUGAGGUGCACUGACAAAGAGCCCGAGAACUCCACCUAUGUAGAAAUGAGGAAAGCUCCUUUGCCAAGGAAUCAACCUUAAGACAUUUAAUGUGACUGGCUGACUCAUCUUUCUUCGCCAGCUGGUGUCACACUUUUGCUCUUUUUUGCCCUUUUGUCUCUUUUUUGAGCUGAAAAAAAUUGGACUACUGCAGGGUAGGAUGCAGCAGGGUGAGACAAAGACUAAAGUGAUGCUGUCUGCCACGGUACAUCUGUUCGUCUCUCUUUAUAUAGCUGUAUGCAAUGUGGCACCAUGAUAUUAUCCAUUAUAUGGAUUUGAUAUGUACAAUUAGUUAUUAAUUUUACCCUAUUCAAAUCAAUGCUUCCAACAUCCAACUUAAAGGAUCCUAUAUAAUGCUUGCACUGAGUGAUUUCAUGUAUAUCUCCACAGCUUUAUAAACUAAAUAUUUAUUAUGGUUGAGGGUUUCAAGCUGGUUUGUAUCCCUAACUGGUACUUGAUUUUUUUCAAGUAACUUACCGUAGCUCAGAGAGCUUUAUAUUAAUCAAUUAUCAUCAAUUCCAUUUUUUUUCACUGGAGUGUUCACUGGAUAAAAAAUGCCUAUGGAAAGAAAAUAUAAAAACUCCAGGAGCUAUUGUGAUUGAGCAAACGGUUGGCUUGUCAGUUAUAGCAGUUCACUGACACCAAGUGAUAGAGUGAGCGAAUAUCACUUGAGUGAACUGUGGAAGCCCCGAGAGGCAAGUGAGAAAAAAUGUCUGAAACUGUUUUCUCACCUGUGUUCAUGACCUAAAAACAGGUGGGGGGGGGGGGAAAGAAUAAUCCUUACAUUUUUUAAUCUUUGAAAAAAGGUUCUGGCAGGUAAAAAAGGUUUAUUGUUGAAAUGCUCACUUCAGCCACAAGACGCUGAAGUGCUCCACAAUCCCAUGCUCUAAGUAAGUCUAAAAGCAAUCUUUCAGAAGAGUUUUAAUUUCCCCAUGCACUCUCAUAUAUUGUGUGUUAGCUUAGUUAUGUAACAUUACAGUGAGGGAUGUAAAAUGUAAAGGAUAUCACACACAACAUUUUAAAUCAGACUUAGAAAAUGUAUCACCAGAAUUCUUUAUCCUCACUUGCCUCCCAUGGCUUCCAAAGUCACCUUUGCAAAGGAAAAUACAUCUGGCCUUACAGCAUUGAGGACAAUACAUACAAUAGUCAAAGGGGAUAACACCCGAACCUCCCAAAUAGUAUUUUUCCACAUGCCUUAAAUUUGCAUUAUACUGUAAAUGGUUAUUUACCACAAUUUUGUUUAUUCCAUUGCGUAUUUAAUGUACUUUAUUUUAUACAGUGUAAUUUGAACUGCUUGUUGGUGUUCAUGCACUCACACAUUACAAUGUUAUUAUUUUUAUUAAUAUUUUUCUUUAUUACCAUAUAUUUUUGCUGGCCCCUGGUUGUCCCAGGAGAUGAUUUAAUCCUUGAGCCUCUGUCCAGUCUCUAGUAGUACUUUAGGGCUUUACUGAUGGGAGAAGACUUGAUCCGCAAUUCAUCGACAAAUUAAUGCCAUUUACUCAUCCCUUAUGGGAUGGGCCUGAAUUAGAGGUGAUGGGCCCGCCUACUAUGAGUCUAGGUGUGGUCCUGCCCUUGAAUAUCCUCCUUCAGCUUUUGAGGGGAUUGAAUCAGAUUCGCUUCAUCUUGUAUUUUAUUUUGGUACCUAGAGCCAGUUGUACCACCUGGUUGUAACUUUAAACUUGUUUACUAAAUUGAGUUUAAUGCAUCACCAACUUGAAACGGGUUGCCCCACACAAUCUACUUCCUACAUGGAGAUCAGUUGUUUUUAUCUAAACAUCUACAUCCAGAAAUUGAUGAAUGAAACUGCUGCGUAGCUAAUUGAACAAAUUUACAAAAUGUUAGUUAUGACCCGUUAAGAGUGAUAAGUAAAAGGUGUAAUAUAUUAUAUGCGGUACCGAAAACUCAAUAUACUAUUUAAUAAUGAUGCAAAUCUUGAAGAUUUAAAGAUACAUUUCACAAAAAUAUCACAACAUACCUCAAUUUACAAAGUGUUUGACUAAGUAGUAAAUGAUGUCAGUUAUUCUCACUCGUGCUAAACUGUGCAAAAAUACAUUCUAAAUCUGAGGUGAAGCUAAUAUGAGGCUUCAGCAGUGUGAGUUUGCCUAAUCAAGUAGGCAUCUCUGUCCUGGCAGUUACAUGUAAGUUUACUGACUGUGGCUUAGCAACAAAUUUAUAUGCAUAAGUCUCCCUCCACUGGGCACAGCAAGAAAGAAAUGGUAACAUGCAUUUAUAUGCCACUUUUCUAUGUUAUCAGACAAAGCUUGCUCAAGGACAUUUUGGACAUGUGGACAGAAGGAGCCAGGGAUCUAAAAAGAAUAUUAGUUUGAACAAUACCAACUUGAUUUGGCUCUGGAAUGCAUUUUUACACAGGAGUUUGAAUUGAGUCCCUCAUCUUUUGCAGUAUGGACGUACGAACUAAUCACUAACUCUUUUACUGUACAUAGGGAAUGUGAGCAUAUUACAUAAAGAUGGACUUUAAAUAAUCAGUAAUAAUAAUGAUUGUUUAAUACAAGCACUGGUAAUGUUUGUAACGCCACACCAUAGUCAAUGAGCUUCUUUUUAUGUUUUUUUUGCUGCAUCUAUUUGUCUCUCAUUACUUUGCACA